GUAGCAGCAGCAGGCAGACUGGGUGCACGGAGAUCCUCAGCCUGGCAGCUGCAGGAAGACGGAGGAGAGAGACCAAAGGUGCCCAGGAGAUGGCCCGGAGCUAACGAGACAUGCUGCGGAACACCAUGCCUCACUUUCCCACGGCCCUGAAUGGCGGGCCAAACAUGUGGGCCAUCACCACGGAGGAGCGGGCCAAGCACGACAAGCAGUUUGCCAGCCUGAACCCGGCAGCGGGCCUGAUCACCGGCGACCAAGCAAGAAACUUCUUCUUACAGUCGGGCCUUCCCCCGGCUGUCCUAGCUGAAAUAUGGUCCCUGUCAGACCUAAACAAAGAUGGCAAGAUGGACCAGCUGGAGUUUUCUAUUGCAAUGAAGCUGAUCAAACUCAAGUUGCAGGGUCAGACUUUGCCAAUGAUCCUGCCGCCUGUCAUGAAGCAGGCGCCAAUCUUCUCACCAUUAAUGUCCUCCCGCUAUGGUAUGGGAAGCAUGCCAAACCUGUCCAUGAUGCCAUCUUUACCCACGCUGUUACCUGUAGCACCCACCUCAAUGAGUUCUCUGCCACCCCUGCCUAUGUCUAGUCCCUUGGUGCCUUCUGUUGGCUCAUCCUCAACGUUGCCAAAUGGAACCUCCACUUUCCUGUCCUCUUUCCCUGUGCCUUUGUCUUCAACGCUGCCGCAUAACAGUUCGCUGUCUCUCAUGGCUGGAGGGUUCGGCACCAUCGGCGGCAGCAUGCAGAAGACCCGCUCACUGAUAGACCUGGGCUCCAGCAGCUCCAACUCCUCUUCUACCACUUCGCUGACUGGUAACUCCCCAAAAGCUAGCCCCCAGGACUGGGUUGUACCCCAGGCAUCCAGGUUGAAGUACAGGCAGAAGUUUAAUGGUCUGGACAAGGCCAUGAGUGGCUACCUUACAGGAUCUCAAGUGAAGAAUGCGCUAGUACAGUCCAACCUCUCCCACACUCAGCUGGCUACGAUAUGGUCUCUUUCUGACGUUGACAGAGAUGGGAAGCUGAAGGCGGAUGAGUUUGUUUUGGCCAUGCAUUUAACGGACAUGGCAAAAGCCGGGCAGCCCCUCCCGCUGACUCUCCCUCCUGAAUUCGUUCCCCCUUCAUUCCGGUCUAGUGACCCCAUUAAUGGAACUUUGCCAGUCUAUCAGAGCUUCCAGAAGAUGCAGGAAGAGGAGCCGCCACAGAAAAAGUCUGCAGCGACAUUCGAGGAGAGAAGGAAGGAAAACAUGGAGAGGGGUAACCAGGAGCUAGAGAAGAGGCGUCAGGUUCUGCUGGAGCAGCAGCAGAGGGAGGCGGAGCGGAAGGCCCAGAAGGAAAGGGAAAUGCAGGAGCGCCGAGAGAGAGAGCGCCAAGAGCAGGAGCGUAAGAAGCAGCUGGAGAUGGAGAGGCGCUUGGAGCAGCAACGUGACCUGGAGCGGCUGAGGGAGGAGGAGAAAAGGAAGGAAAUUGAGAGGAGGGAGGCUGCGAAGCAGGAGCUGGAACGCCAGAGGCAACAAGAGAUGCAGAGAAUCCGGCGGCAGGAGCUGUUUAACCAGAGGAACAGGGAGCAAGAGGAGAUUGUGAAGCUGAAGUCUAAGAAGAAGAGCUUACAGCUGGAAUUGGAAGCUCUGGAGGAGAAACAUCAGCAAAUCACACUGAGAGUCCAGGACAUCCGCGGCAGGAAGAAAAUGAAGAAAAACGAGCUGGAAACUGUAGAUAAAAAAUGUGACCUGGGAAUUAUAGAGAUCAGACAACUUCAGCAGCAGCUCCAGGAAUAUCAAAAUAAGCUGAGCACUCUGGUCCCUGAGAAACAAGCUUUAAACGAGAAGAUUAAACAGAUUCAGAUGGUCAAUUCCUCAGAUGGCUCCAACUCUGGCCUGCUUGGGCUCCAGAAGAAGACCAUUGAGAAGGGCGGGUUAUGCCAGAGACUACGUGAGCAGCUGGACGCUCUGGAGAAAGAGACUUCUACAAAGCUGUUGGAGAUGGACUCUUUUAACAACCAGAUCAAGUGUGAGGCUAUGGAUGACUCUGUCCUGCAGUGCCUUUUGUCUCUCCUCAGCUGUCUCAACAAUCUCUUCCUCUUGCUUAAGGAGCUGAGAGAAAGUUACAACAAACAGCAGACGGCUCUUCACCAGCUGCAGAAAAUCAAGCAAGACAAGCUGAGGGAUGUGGAGAGCAAGAAAGCCGAGCUGGCGCAGAAAAAGAGGGAAGAGGAGGAGGCUGCAAGGAAAGCCAAACAAGAAAAGGAGAAUAUGUGGAAGGAGAAGGUGAAAAGGGAAGAAGAGGAGAAGCAGAAACGACUGGAGGAUGAGCGUCGGCAGGAGCAGUUGAUCUUGGAGAAUCAGCGUGCAGAGGAAGAGGCAGCCAGGCUUAAGGAGCGGGAGACCCAGCAGCAGAAGCUGGCUGAGGAAAGACAACGAGAGGAGGAAGAGAAAAGGAAGAGGGCAGAGAUACAGCGGGAGGCAGAGCAGAGAAGGAAACAGGAGGAGGAGAAACGCAAGCAGGCACAGCUGAAAAAAGAUGCAGAGGAGAAAAGCCGGGUGCAGGAGGAGGAGAAGAGAAGGAAGGACAGUAGUACCUCCAGGGACCCAGAGAGGCGCAUCUCCAAACUCAACUUAGAUGAGAAGUUUGCCGACAAGUUGAAAUUUAUUGGAGGGAGACACGGAAGCAUUGACAAAGGCAGAGAAGCCACUGCUGUGGGAGCCUCUGAGACCAGAAAGUCCUCCGUGUUCGUGAACUACACAGCCCUGUAUCCUUUUGAGGCCAGAAAUGCAGAUGAACUCGGUUUUAAUGCCGGCGACAUACUUCAGGUGGAUGAGAAGAAUACCGGGGAGCCCGGAUGGCUUUAUGGCUGCCUUCAGGAAAAUGUGGGCUGGUUUCCAUCCAACUAUGCUGAAAGAAUGCCAGAGACAGAGAAAUCAGCGCUGUCUCCGAAAAAGGCCUUGCUGCCUCCCACCAUCUCCGUGUCUGCUACCUCACCGCCUGCCAAGUCGCUUUCACCAACUAAGCCCUCUGAGGGGGAUAUGGAGUAUCAAAAUCUACCUUUCUCCAGCCUUAGCGUGACCUCCACGUGGCAGAAAACCUCUGCAUUUACCUCUUGCGUUUCCCCCGGCUCCAUCUCUCCCAUCCAUGGUCAGGGUCAGCCAGCGGGGGAGGUAAAGGCUCAAGCACUGUGCUCUUGGACUGCAAAAAAGGACAACCACUUGAACUUUACCAAAAACGACACCAUCAUUGUGCUGGAGCAGCAGGAAAACUGGUGGUUUGGGGAGGUGCGCGGGCAGAAGGGGUGGUUUCCCAAAUCCUAUGUGAAGAUCCUGCCUGGAAGUGAAAGUAAAACUCCGGAACCUGAACCUGUGUACGCUGCUGUCAAGAGGAAAGCUGCAACCCCGACAUACAUAGGUGAAGAAUAUGUGGCUCUUUACCCCUAUUCAAGCUCAGAACCGGGAGACUUAAUAUUUAACGAAGGGGACAUCAUCUUAGUGACACAGAGAGAAGGCGAGUGGUGGACGGGAACUGCCGGUGACAGGACUGGGAUAUUCCCAUCAAACUACGUGCGCCCACGUGAUCAAGAGGGAUUGGGCGGUGUUGGCAAAAGUGGAACUCUCACCAAGAGACCUGAGAUCGCCCAGGUCACCACAGCUUACACAGCGACCGGCACAGAGCAGCUCAGUCUGGCCCCGGGGCAACUCAUACUCAUCCUAAAGAAGAACGCGUCGGGCUGGUGGCAAGGAGAACUACAGGCCAGAGGGAAGAAAAGGCAGAAGGGCUGGUUCCCGGCUACCCAUGUGAAACUAUUAGCACCAAGUAACGACAAGGUGGCUCCUGCUUUCACUACGGUGUGUCAGGUUAUAGCGAUGUACGACUAUACAGCCAAUAACGAGGAUGAACUGAACUUCAGCAAAGGGCAGCUCAUCAACGUCAUCAACAAGGACGAUGUGGACUGGUGGCAAGGCGAGAUCAACGGGUUGACCGGCCUCUUCCCGUCCAACUACGUCAAGAUGACGACAGAAUGUGACCCCAGCCAGCAGUGGUGUGCUGACCUCCAGUCCUUGGAUACCAUGCAGCCUAUGGAGCGGAAGAGGCAGGGGUACAUACAUGAGCUGAUCCAGACAGAGGAGAGGUACAUGGACGACCUCCAGCUUGUGAUUGAGGUUUUCCAGAAACCGAUGGCAGAUUCCGGAGUCCUGAAUGAGGCUGAAAUGGGUCUGAUAUUUGUCAACUGGAGAGAGCUCAUUAUGUCCAACACAAAGUUACUCAAGGCACUGCGGGUGCGUAAGAAGACUGCGGGGGAAAAGAUGCCCGUUCCGAUGAUUGGGGACAUUGUGGCGACAGAGCUAUCACACAUGCAGGCCUAUAUCCGCUUCUGCAGCUGUCAGCUGAAUGGGGCCUCUCUGUUACAGUCCAAAACUGACGAUGAACCAGAAUUUAAAGAUUUCCUAAAGAGGCUGGCCACUGACCCGCGCUGUAAAGGGAUGCCAUUAUCCAGCUUCCUGCUGAAACCCAUGCAGAGGAUCACUCGCUAUCCCCUCAUCAUAAAGAACAUCCUGGAGAAUACCCCGGAGUCUCACCCGGAUCACGCUAACCUGAGAUUCGCCCUGGAGCGGGCAGAGGAGCUGUGCUCUCAGGUCAAUGAAGGUGUGCGAGAGAAGGAGAACUCCGACAGGCUGGAGUGGAUACAGGCCCACGUCCAGUGCGAGGGGCUUAUCGAGCAGAUCAUCUUUAACUCCCUUACAAACUGCCUGGGGCCUCGGAAGAUCCUGCACAGCGGCAAGCUGUACAAGACCAAGAGCAACAAGGAGCUUUACGGGUUCCUGUUCAAUGACUUCCUGCUCCUCACGUACAUGGUCAAGCAGUUUGUGUCUUCCGGGUCCGACAAGCUUUUCAGCCCCAAGACCCACGCCCAGUACAAGAUGUACAAGACGCCGAUUUUCCUGAAUGAGGUGCUGGUGAAAUUGCCAAGUGACCCAUCCAGUGAUGAGCCUGUGUUCCACAUCUCCCAUAUUGACCGAGUGUACACUUUAAGGACAGAUAACAUAAACGAGAGAACUGCCUGGGUUCAAAAAAUCAAAUCUGCCUCAGAGAAUUUCAUUGACACUGAGAAGAAGAAGAGAGAGAAAGCUUAUCAAGCGAGGUCUCAGAAGUCAUCUGGAAUUGGGCGUCUGAUGGUGCAAGUCAUCGAGGCAGCAGAACUAAAGGCUAGUAAACCCAAUGGGAAGAGUAACCCAUACUGUGAAGUAAGCAUGGGCUCCCAGAGCUACACAAGCCGGGUAAUGACUGACACGCUAAGCCCAAAGUGGAAUUUCAACUGCCAAUUCUUCCUGAAGGACAUGUACCAAGACGUGCUUUGUAUCACUAUGUUUGAUCGAGACCAGUUUUCUCCUGACGACUUUCUUGGCCGAACGGAAGUCCCAGUGGCGAAAAUUAGGACUGAACAAGAGAGCAAGGGUCCAUCCACCAAACGUUUACUGCUACACGAAGUGCCAACGGGGGAGGUGUGGGUUCGGUUUGACCUGCAGCUGUUCUAGCUGGGGACACAGCACACAGCAUGUGGCUGGAUUUUAUCUGUGUGCACUUAGGCCCUCGUGUCCGGCAUUCACUCCAGACUUCACAGUCCCAAGUCCACUGACAUCACACAACCGGGGCGCUAGGUCUCCUGCUGACUAUCUAUGCAAGCCCAGGUUCCCCGGUUACUGUGCCUUUAACCAAGCGAAACCGCAGUGCUUUUGUUUUGCGACUAUUUUAAGGUUAUUUUAACAAUUAAAUUUUCCAGCCAGGUGAUAAGAAAGGCAUGUUCUGCGGGUAUAUUUCGGAUCUGAGAAUGUUUUUGUCAGUACCUAUGGCAUAUCCAUCAAACAUGGUGUCAUGUUAUUAAAGGGAUUUCGAAGAGCCUAAACCACUUCCCCAUGGGAAAAUGUAAUCAUUUAUGACCUAACUUCAUUGGAAUUUUAGAGUUGUUUUUUUUUGUAUUAUAUUGCUAAAAAAAAAAAAAGAAGAAAAAAAUAUAUAUAUAGAUCUAUAAAACAUUUUAUGAACGUUGGACACAAAGACACUGUGAUUUGUAAAUGCUUAUUGUGUAAUAAGGAGGUAAUUCAGGGAAUUUAUUUUAAUUCAGUAGGAAUAAGAGAGAUGGUAAGGAAAUAGAAGUAUAUAUUGAUAUUGACGUAUACAUUUAUAUAUUGCCAAGCAAACACACUGUCAGGGUUUUUUUUUUUUUAUAUUUGAUAUGAAUACAUUUUUCCAAAAUAAUUCUACAAAUAAGUUGUUACCCUUGAAGGCACACUGACAUUUUUUUUUUCAAUUUGUUAAUAUGGGCAUCUGCUACCGUUCCGGAUCACAGGAGGUAUGUAUUCAGGAGGUUAUACCGCAUAGCCUAUCCCUUGAGGGUUCUCAGUCUCCCCUGUUUCUGUCAUUGGAGAUUACAUAUCACGUCACCCAUACACACAGGAAUAUAGGUGUCAGUGCAGUUUGGAAUCCACCAGGAAACGUACACAGGGCAACAUUGAUAAUGACCAUAUACGAUAUGCAUGUAUUUACUCCUUUUUGUACUUUUUAUUAACUGGCCCAAUUAGGUAACAAACGGUAAAAUAGAAUGCUACUGUGCCGUUAUACGCAUUUGCUGCUGUGUGACUGUCACUGUCAUCCAGUAGUAAUUUAACUUGCAAGUCGGGAUGUGGAAGCCUGGUCAUCUUCUAGAGCAGGUGCGACAAGCUGUGGUGGAACCACAAGUACCAGCAUUAAGCUUGAACAGAACUGGGGAGAGCCACCAGUGGCCUAAGCCUGUUCUAGAGUAAGCUCUAGCAGUUCUGAUGAGAUACUUGAAUAAUGUGACGAUGAGCACCCUAUAUCUCUUACAGCAUGCAUGGCCAUGUCUGAUUUAAUGCAUGGGUAUUCCCUGACCGCACCUUAAUACAAACCGGAUGUUUUGCUGUAUGCAUUAACUUGUCAUUAUUGCGUUGUGCAGCAGGAGUGUGUGACUGUGCAGCCUUGUCAGGUGAUGUUGCACUGCAUGAUGAGAGAUGUAGACAGAGGUCCUGGUUAAACUUGGCUGUACCUAUAAUGCAGACAAUUUCUGGAAUUCAGGUCACUAAUUCAGGGUCCUCCUUGUUACCUGGCUUGUAACACAUGCAGCAGAUGUCCUGAUAUCUUGUAUUUCUCUCCUGUGUGUACUAUGGACAUUCAGGUGCUGCUGGUGCUAAAUAUUAAAGCAUGACUCACUCUUGCUGAUGGACAAAACAAGGGUAAAGUAUAGUGGGGUCUAUUCAUGAAGCAGUGAAAAGAAUGAAGUGAGCUUGUGGAGAAGUUGUCCAUGGCAACUAAUCAGCUGCUCUGUACAAUUGUAUAGUAUGCAAAUUAUAAAUGUUACUUCAAUGCUGAUUGGUUGCCAUGGGCAACUUCUCCACUGGCUCACUUCUCCACACUUUUCACUGCUUCAUAAAUAGACCCCCUAGUGAGAAUAAUUUCUCAUUCAGUGUAUUUAUUGCAAUAAACUUUUUAACAUUUUGGGGGGAAUUCAAAUGUUUGAAAAGUCGGUUGGGUGUCUGUAUUUCCUGUGUAUUAGAUAGGAAAAAACAGACUCCCAACUGACCUUUCAAACAUUUGAAUCUCUCCCUUUUUUUGGUGUUUUUUUUUUCUUUCUUAAUUUUAAAGUUUUAUUAAACCAGGUAAAUGUUAUACAGCAUUUAGUAUCCUGUCAGCCACGUGCAUUUCAGACAUUCGGGAAUUGUGCGUAUUCUUCAUCAACUACAGUACAUAUCAUGGAUUACAUCCAUGGCAUACUAUUACCUCUGUUUAGACAGUGGUGUGAGCUCUUAUUUUUUUAUUUGCACCUGCACAUUGAGGGGCCACAUUGCAGCCUGUCCAGAAUGAAUCUAUGUAGCAGAACUUGUUUUACACAUCAGCGGUCUCUUCCCUCCUCUUAUCAAGACUCCUGCGUAUGUGCGGUCUGCUGGCUACGCAGGUGUGGCGCCCACAGCACCUAUAGAAAUUGGGGCUGCAGCUGCUUUUGCAAAUGGAGGGACCACAGCAGCUGUCAGAGAUAUCUGCUGCAGUCUUUCCAUCAUACAUAAUAUAUACGGAAGAGAUUCAGCGAAUAUUUGGUGAUAAAUAGGCCCCUUUAUCCUCCGUUACAUAACCUUGUCCCCAGAAUGGAAUCUUGCUUCUGCAGCUCAGGGUACCACUAGUCACAUGAAGGAAUCACUUAUGUAACUCCUAUCUCAUUGAUUGACAAACAUAGAUGAUUACUAUGGUAAUUGUGCCUAGGUAAAAGUUGUCACCGUGUGUAACCACAGACUCCUGUAGCAUAGGAAGCAUCUGUAGCUGCAGGGCAUUACGUUGCGGCUUAUCGCAGUGCAAAGCCCCAGCUAUCUGCUUGUGUAAGGACACCGGGAUACAUAUAAUAAGCGGGAACCACCACUGUUCAUGUGUAAUAAUCCGUUGUGCCUUUUAACAUCAAUUUAUUAAUAGUAUUAAAAAUGUUGAUCUCCCUCCGAUAGCUGUGUGACCAUAGUCAUUAAUAGGUCUGUACUGUGCCACCGUUACACACUGCUCUCUCUGUGCCCAAUAUCAGUGAAACAGAUACUGACAGUGUGUGUGACGAGUGAAAAUACCAUGACAAAGUCAGAAACGAGAGAGUAGAGUCUCAUAGCAGGACUCUUGGGAUUCUGUAUGCAGUAACCGCAAUGGGAUCGCUUGGUCAUCCCUUUCCCAGACACUUAUUUCGCAAAGCGACCAGGAAGGUUGGCACAAGUUUCACCAUUCCCCACAUCUGGUCCACUGAACUUUCGUGGUCUCCUAGCUAUUUGAUUGGGCAGAAAGUUAGAUUAGGAUGGCCCCUUGUGCAUUGAGAAUCUUGCUUUGCCUGCUCCAUGGGGCUCACCAUGAAUCCCAUCAUUAACCUUUGUCCCUUUAUUCCUCUGUCUUCUUUUAGCCUUUUUGAAAGUUUUAGAUUGCCAACAAACCUCCUCUCCAGAUCCAAAGGGUAAAUGCCAUCAGGCCCUAGUUAAAGCCUUCAAUAGUGAUAUCUUUCUUUAGAAUAGGGAGAUUGAUAUUUAUUUGAAGCUGUGGUCCAUAAGAUAAUAUUUCAGCAGAAUAUGCCAUAUAUACAUUAUUCUCAAUCACGGGGGAAGGCAUAUCAUGGGAAUAACAUUGUUCCAUGGAAUGAAACUGAGAAUGAUAUCACUGUACGGACUGAUACGGACAUGUCUGACUGCUCUAUUCUGAGAACGCAUCUUAUGCUGGACAUACACUGUACAGUUAUCUGGCAGAACAUCUGGCAAACCUGGAUGGUUGGAAUGAAAAUCUGGUAAUGGAUGAGAGCAAAUGACAAUCAGCCAUUUGCUACCAAACACUGGAAAAUGUCCAAAACCUGUUGUUCAGACAAAUUAGUUAAUUCCGUGAUUUAGACAAUUUAUAUGAACAACAGUUUUUUUCCCGUUUUCCAGUGUUUGGGAGCAAAUGGUCUAUUGUCAUUUGCUCUCAUCCAUUACCAAAUUUUAAUUCCAACCAGCCAGGUUUGCCAGAUGAUCUGCCAGAUAAUUGUAUAGUGUAUGCCCAACUUAAUAUUUAUCAGAUUCUAGCCAAUCAAACUCGUCAAAUUGUUAAAGAAACUUUAUUUUAAUGAAAUUGCAAGAAAAUGUGUAUAUACUGUUUAUUGAUUUGCACUGUUUAUAAACCAAUAUGUUGCCUAAUAUAUGAAGUCUUAACUCACAGACAGGGUUAUACAGUAGGCGGAACACAGUAUUACUUUGUUUCUGGCCUGUGCCUGACCUGAAUUAACACUGGUUUUAAUCUUAUUAUAUUUUUAUUUUGACGGAAUGUUUUGACUUUCAUUUGAAGCUCAGGCAAAAGGUUUUGCAUCGAGGUAACUGUUUAUUUUACAUGCUGUGACUUGUAAUAAUCUGCAAUCCUACGUUUCAAAUGUAAAAUAAUUUGUGCAUAACUAGUUUAUAGCUUAUCUAUACGUUUGUCCUGCACUUUGUUGUAUUGAUGCUAAAGUGUAUAUUAAAUACAAAACUAUGA